UUUUUGUCAUGAAUAGCAUGAUUUAAAUAUCAAGUUCAUGGGGUUUGUUUUGCAAUUUGACUUUUAACAACUUGAAAGACUUAAACACUUUAAUUAGGAUUCUCGAAAACGUUUUUUGUUUUUUGGAAAAAAAAUCUAGUGGAGGAACACUAUCAGUAUUUUUAAUCCAUUUUCCUGGAAGAGAAAGCCUGUACAUUUUAAAUCUGCUAAAUUAUAUUUAUUUUAUUUUUUAUUUUAUUUAUUUUUUAUAGUGGCAUAUAAAUGACAUUAGAGUUAAAAUAUGUUUUGAUUUUUCAAAUUAAUUUUGUCAAAUUUAAUUUCAUAGCUUUUGAUUUUUUUCCUCCCUUGUUUCUUACAAAAUAUGUAUUUAUAAUUGCCUUUCAUAAGUAGCCUACAAUUAAUUAAAUUAUAGAGCAAGACACACCGAGAAAAUUGGGAAAAGAAACCAAAUUUAAACAAAGACGCAGAUAUGAACAAAUUUCGUCCUAAAUAAACAAAUAAAAGUCUCUUAUCACCCCAGCAAAUACUCUUUAUAUAUUUUAAUGAUGGAAAAUAACUAAACACAUUUUUUUAACAAGCAGUUAGAAAACGAAUAGAGAGUGCGAGUGUUAGAGGGUCAAGUGUUUUUUUUUGUUUGUUUGUUUUUUUUUAAGAAAACAAAAAAGAAAACAGAUUCAUUAGAAUAGAGAGUGCUAGAGUUAGAGCUUCAAAUACAGAUGGAAGAGAUGCCUUUUUACUAUUUACAUAACAUUAAACAUUAGGCUACAUUAAUGUUUUUUUGUUUGUUUGUUUGUUUUUUCUUCUCCAUCAACGUUCCAAAUACAACAUAUUUUCUGUAAAAUGAUCUUUGAUUUCAUGGCCUUAGCUGCACCUGAUGCAGACGCGCAUGCGCGCCGGUGAGCUCAGCGCCUGACACGCUCCUUUAAUUUUCCCGGUAAUCCCGAGAACGCCCGAUUGAGUGCUCUUCUCUUAUCCACGGGAGGAAAAGCUGAUGAAGGAGUCAGCAGAGCAUCACACCGCCGUUUCAUCACUUGCUGUCCCGCCAUGGAAGGAAACUAUGUGCUGAUCCCUCUGUGCAGCGCGAGCGCUAAACAUCUAUAACUCUGAAUGACAGCAGCGCUGCUCGGAACUAACCCGGGUUUCAGCUCUUUUCAUUCUUGAUCUGACGACUGAAAGAGGAGACAGGAGGUUUGGAUAGAUGGCGUUUGGACACCUAAUACCGCAGCUGAAGCUGGAGGAAGCGUCUGAGGCCAGUUUACUGAAGAACACUCUGAGACCCUUCACUCAUCUCCAGAAGCACAGCAGCUCACCCGGGAAGAGCAGAACUCAGCACAGCAGUCAGCAGAGUAGUCAACAGAGCAGCCAGCAGAGCAGCCAUGAAGACGAUUCCAGCCGCUUCCUGACUCCCUUCAUCCGUGAGGACAGGGCUGACAGCGGGGCAGACAAGUGUAGCACUGCCAGUAACUCUAAUCGGAGUUCCCCUGCCUGCUCUCCGGUUCUGCGGAAGCGCUGUCGAUCUCCCAUUCUGCAGAACGUCGAGACGGACAACAUGGUGGAGAAAGGCUCAGAGCAGUCCGACACCUCCAAGUCCCCCUCCACCCCUGAGCAGCUGGUCACACGCACCUUCUCCGGCCAGUCCACACGCAGCGGGGGCAAGAACUCCAAGUCUCACAAGCGACUUUCCAAAUAUGACAGAUUAAACCUGAUUAAAAAAAGCCAGAGCUGGUACAACCAUGAGAGACAGCACAUUCUCAGAGUCCUCAGUCCCACAUACAAGCAGCGCAAUGAAGACUUCAGGAAGCUCUUCAAGCAGUUGCCGGACUCAGAGCGCCUCAUUGUGGACUACUCAUGCGCUCUCCAGCGGGACAUUCUCCUGCAGGGCCGCCUCUACCUCUCUGAAAACUGGAUCUGUUUUUACAGCAACAUCUUUCGCUGGGAGACACUGCUUACAGUUCGGCUGAAAGACAUCUGCUCCAUGACGAAAGAGAAAACCGCGCGUCUGAUUCCCAAUGCCAUACAGGUGUGCACAGACACUGAGAAGCACUUUUUCACAUCGUUUGGUGCGAGAGACAGGACUUACAUGAUGAUGUUCAGACUUUGGCAGAAUGCACUACUGGACAAGCCUCUCUGUCCUAAAGAGCUCUGGCACUUCGUACAUCAGUGCUAUGGAAAUGAGCUGGGCCUCACUAGCGACGAUGAAGACUAUGUGCCGCCUGAUGAUGAUUUCAACACCAUGGGAUACUGUGAGGAGAUCCCAGCGGAGGAGAACGAGGUCAGUAAUGAUAACUCAUCCAAGAGCAGCAGUGAGAACAAGCCAGACAACAGUUCUCCUCCGUCACACAAGAGAUCCAUCACACACUCCACCAUCACCUCCAGCACACCUCCCAGCAGCACUGAUACGCCACUGUCUUUUGACAUUGCAGCUGAGGAGUACACAGACUGCCUUCCUGAUGGAGAUCUGCUGCCGCUCCCUCUGCUGGCUGAGGAGAGGAACAGCGAGCCGGCCAGUCCUCUGGAUCCUGUGCCGCCACCUGCACUCGACUUCAACGACAAUGAGGAUAUACCCACUGAUCUCAGUGAUUUCUCAGAGACAGACGAUGAAGGGGAUGAGGUUCAAGCAUUCCACGAGGAUCUGAACGGCCGUCAGUACAUUAACGAGGUGUAUAAAUUCAGUGUUGAUAAGCUGUACACCAUCCUCUUCACCGAGUCCCAGUUCAUGACAGACUUCAUGGAGCAGAGGAGAUUUACAGAUGUGGUGUAUCAGCCUUGGAAGAAGGAAGAUGCUGGAAAUCAGACCAGGGCCAUCAUGUACACAAUUUCCCUGACCAACCCACUGGCUCCUAAAACAGCUACAGUUACAGAGACUCAGACUCUGUAUAAGGCCAGCCAGGAGAGUGAGUGCUACAUCAUCGAUGCAGAAGUCAUCACUCAUGACGUGCCGUACCAUGACUACUUCUACACCAUAAACCGCUACAUGCUGACACGCGUGGCCAAGAACAAGUGUAGGCUGAGGAUUUCUACAGAGUUGAGGUACAGGAAACAGCCAUGGGGGCUGGUGAAGGGCUUCAUUGAGAAGAACUUCUGGAGUGGGCUAGAUGAGAACUUCAAAAGCCUCGAACUGGAGUUAGGAAAGAUGGAGGAUGCUCUAAUGGAAAGCCACAGACUGUCUCCUAAAGCUAAAGCAGUCAAGAACUCCACCCUAAGGCGGAGAAAAAGACCCCCCGCCCACCUGCGCACAGCCCAUCUAGAUGAGACCCUCAGUCCUGUGACCACACCAACAGACGAGGAGGUCAUCCACUGCAUCAAACACGUGGCAGGUUCCACUCAGACGAGACACAUUCCUGAGCACAUGCCAGGGGGCGGGAUUUUCUGCAACCUCUCUAAACCACUACUCAUCAUCAGCUUUGUUCUGGUGCUACUGGUCUUUUUGAAUGUGAUGCUGUUCUACAAACUCUGGAUGCUGGAGUAUUCUGCACAAAGCCUCACCAGCUGGCAGGGCUUACACCUACAUGAAAGCAGUAAACUGCCGCAGACACAGAUGGAAUGGGCACAGCUCCUGGAGUCCCAGCAGCGCUACCACGACGCUGAGCUGCAGAAAUGGAGAGAGAUCAUUAAAUCUUCAGUACUGUUAUUGGAUCAGAUGAAGGAUUCCUUAUUGAACCUACAGAAAGGUGUGGGUCUACGAGAUUACAACUCAGACUCGGACGAGAAGAGGAGUCGAUAUUACUGACACUUACCCUCCAGGCCACCAGGGCGCGCUGUGCAAUGUAGAGCCACUUAUGAGAGCGAAAGGCAAAAAACAAAGGGCCCAAAUGUGCAUGUAUGACUAUGCAUACUAAACAAAAGAGACACUUGAUAGAGACCAGAAGAAGAAGAGAUGGACCAGAAACUGCCAUCGGCCAAUCCAAGUGGACAGCAAGCCCACAGGAAGUGGGGCCAUAUCUGUCCCAUGGAAUUGUGGGACGGCUAGAGUCCAAAUGGGCUCAUCACUGUUCCAGCUUUCUUUCAGGUUUUCUUUCAGAGGAUGUUACUGUUUGCAGAGGAACGGAACGGACCUGAGGAAGAAAAUGAAGAGCAUGCUUUUUUUUUCUUUUUCUUUUUUUUUUUUUAGCCCUCCUUUAUUUUGAAGUGUUUUUAUUGGUACAAAGAAUGAGGAAAAUGAUCUUUUAGCUUGGUUUUGACCUGUAACAGCACAGCUGCCCUGUCCCUUUUCCCGUUUGUGGGAGUUUUGCACAGAAAGCGUUAUGAAAUCUAGUUGACUCAUGCUCUAGUAUCAAGGCUGGUUUCCUUGAUAAUUCUGCGUUAGAAAGUGUAACUAGUUUCCGCAAAAGGGCCACUUGCGCUAAAAACAGAGACCUUAAACUUCUGUGAAGCGUUAACCAUUAUGCUAAAGAGUUUUUGCACCAGAGAAAGACUGAAAAGGGACACCGCAGCCAGGAAGAUGGAUAAACAUUGUUAGUUUUUGAUUACUAAACUGUGAUAUCUCCUGAUUUAUUUGAAGAUGUAGGAAAAUAUAUGAAUAUGUUUGAAAUAUAUACUUUAUUCAAGAUUUAAUAUAUAUUUCAAUAUACAGUAUAUAGAGGUCAUUGCAGAUAUUUAUUGUUAAUUUAUGUACAUAGAACACUUAUCAAAGCUCUAGAAGGAAAGAGUUUAUAAUUAUUAAACUGCGUUUUAUUCAGUGACAUGCACAAGCACGUUUGAGACGUGUCCAUGUGAGCGUGUGUAUGUCGUAAGUUGAUCUGUGUCUAUUUUGGUGAAUGUAAGCGUGUUCGUGUGACGUUUUAAAUCAUUCCACUUGUAUGUCUUGUGUCUUCCUCCCGGCACAUGAAGCCAAACUGCCUUUUUCUUGCCCAGCAGCUCAGUCCACUGGGCAUCUGUUUACACAUCCGCCUGGCUUCAGAAACCGAGCGGUCAGAAAAUGACCAUCCAGCUCGGCGCGAACCCACACACGCAUGCUUUCUCUGCUGUGGCACCAUUCCUGUUUUUAUUUAGCACGAGGUGAGAGUCUGGACCAGGAAGCACUGCAGGAAACGGCACUGGACUCACUUCACGUUUUAAUUGAACCGAUAGCCCAUAUUUUGCCAUUUUUGAAUCAGUCAAAUAAAAGGAAAGUUACGUGAAGUGGUAAUGACAUUUUUUUAUUUUUUUUUUACAGAGCAUAAGUGCUCUAGCCUAUAAACCAAAUAUAGUAUUUAUAGAUGGUAGAAUUUAUUUAUAUAUAACAUAAAAUGCAACGAUUCCCUUUUUAUGCAGACAGAGGACAAUGUAAAAAAUAAAAUAAAAUCUCAUGUGAGACGACAUGAAGAGAAGUGGCACUUUACAUCCAGGCAUUGUAGGACAAAGUCUGAUAUAUGAAAUAUAUGUUUGCUGGCACAUUGCUGGUAGAAUAUAUGAUAAUAUUCCAGCUACAAACCACAUGGUAUUGUAUUGAAUGUAUGUGUUGUUGUUUUUUUGUUUGUUUGUUUUUUGUUUUUUCCCCAGAAAGGAAUCUGCAGUAAUGUAAUUUGGUGUUUUUGGGUUGGAUCUUUGGAAUCCAUCUUUAGUGUUGCUCUGUGCAGUGUUUGAAGCCGGCAUUUUAUUCCAGGAUGCAGUUGAACUACUGAGAUUUUUUUUUCUUUCUUUUUUACUGAGUUUGACAGUUUCUCCUACUGGUUUAUUCACUGUUUAAAAACUUCUCUCAGUUCUAAGACUUUUAUUUUGGCAUUAGAGUGCAUCUGUGUAGGUUGUUGGGUGUGUAUUCUGCAAUAUGGAUUUGAUUUCUCUUUUUUUCAUUCUGUGUGUUUUUAGAAAAGAAGAAUUGCUCAUGGUUUGGUAUUUUAGAACUGAAAAUGAAAUCACUGUCACAAUCAUGUUCACUGUACUGUACGUGUGUAAGUGUGUGUGAAUGCCACAUGUGAAAUUGUGUUUAAAUUUGUUUUCUUUGUGGACCACCCACACAAGUAAACUUAUACUGACUCCACCAGAGCAAAAAAAAAUGAUGAUUAACCCUCAGCCUGAUUGUUUUGCUCAUAUGCAGUGACUUCUCGUGAUGUAUCUGACCAAAGAUUUGAGUUUGCAUUUUGCAUCUGAGAAAUGUGUUGCCGUUAUUAUAGAUUUGGCUUUUGAAAUUAUGUUGAGCAUUUGUGAUCAAGUAUUCAGACAAAAGACACACUGUUCUAAAUUCUAUUUCAAAUUUUCAUAUCACACUCCAUUCAUUAGACUGUGCUAUGGGGUUUUAGUGUCCACUGAUGUCAUUUCCACUGUACCUGUGUGCUGUAGUUCCAUGAUCGACAUGACAACUGUAUCCAGCAACAAACUGUCUCACAAAUCAACUGUUUUAUUUUCUUGAAAGUGUACUGAUUGAUUUCUGUUGAUGUCCAUUCUUGACAUCCCAUAACUGGUGUAGCAGUGACUUACUGUAUUUUUUCUUCUUUUUAGAGCUGUUUUUAUCUCUAGACCAGGCUGAUUUGUACAUGUUUCCAUAUGCACUGUAUGUAUAUGUGCAGUGUUCACUGAAAUAGGAAGCAGAACUGUGCUGUGCACAGUUUUCCAUUUUUCCAACAAAUUUGUCUAAUAGAGACUCUGAUUCAGUGGCUCUCUGAUCUAUGUGAAGUAGACAGAUUACAAAUAAUAAUAAGAAUAAAAAAAAACAACAC